GCCCGGGCCGGCGCUGUUAGAGACGGGAGGGGGGGGGGGGUGUUGUCCUCCCCCGCGCGCCCGUGUGUGUGGGGGGUCACGUGGCACGCGCAGUCUCCGCCCGCAUCCGCCUGGCGUCGCCGCCGCCGCCGCCGCGUCCUCCACGGGCCAACAGGUUGAUUCCGGCGAGCCUCUUCGGACGACCUGCGCCCGCCAGCGCCGUUUUCUCGCCACCAUCUGCCGCAGGACCACGCCGCGUCGUAGCCGCUCGCGCAAACCCGGCAUUCUCCGCCAAGCGCACAAACCGCACGGCAAGUGUGCGCCUCGGCGCUGGGAGGUGCUGCACCCCGGAAGUGAAACCGGCGCGCGCGAUCAUCUCUCCGGACCGCGGCUCGGCCUCCGGAGAGCGGGAGGAGCGCAGCGACCUCGACUAUCGGAUCGCCACUGGCCUCCCUCCCACAUCGGGCGCCCCCCACCGCCGCCCCCCCUUCGAGACCGCUCUCCCCCCGAUCGCUCGGCUACUGCUCCCGAGUGGAAUCUGCGUCUGGUUUCGGUUUCAGUUUACCCCUUCACCGCUCACCGAGCUGUCGGUUUGCGGGGUGCAAAAGGGGGGUUUGGUGCUUUUGACGCUUGCGUCGUCCUUGCGUCUUCACGGAAACGUAGCCGUCAUCGCUGUUGGAACCGCCGCCACCGGCUGGCCACCGCGCUCGUCAUUGCUGUGUGUCGCGCUGACCGUCGCUGUGUGAGGCUGUGAACGGCGUGCAGUGUUCGCGAACAGUGUGUCGACUUGGACUUCUGCGUCAUCCCUUUCCUGUCGCAGACGCCUUGAUGUACGUACCGCCUCGUGUAUCAAUGGUAGCGCGUGCGGGAAGCGUGGCUCUCCCCCUCUCCACACCGAUCUACAUCAGCUCAUACCCGGCCCGGAGCGGAGCCUCGGGCUAUGCGACCCCCCGCCACUGAAGACCACAGCGCCCUGAACGACUCGAUACCGGCCGAGGACGCCCGGCAGACAGAUCUCACAAUCCAGCAGCUACGGGACCAAGUGGGCCAAGACAGCGUCACAUUACAGAUCCCAAGUGCGGAGCGGCUGUUGGAGCUUCAGCGGCAGUUGGCGGACAAGGAGCGGGCACUGCAGGAGUCCCAGUCCCAGGUCUGCCUCAAGCUACACGAGGCUGAGGACAAGAUCUCACAACUCGAAAGUGCCUUGGAACACACCCAGUGUGAACUGCUGAAAGCUAGGGGCAAAUCGGACACCAAUGGAAGCCGGUCCGAUGAAAUGGAAAUGCUCAUGACCGACUUGGAACGUGCAAAUCAGCGCGCCGUGGCGGCCGAGCAGGAUUCGGUGCUGUUGCGAGACCAGCUGUCUGACAUGGACUCCUCGUCGCCGCCUCCGCCGUCCUCGACGCGGGACACCGCGUCGCCCUCGCGGGCAGCGCUCGAGCUGCAGCUCGCCUCCAAGGACAAGGAGAUAUCUCAACUAGUCGAAGAUAUUAGGAAGCUGCAGUCGGCAGUGGAUUCUCUAAAAGAGACAAGUGCCUCACAGAUUGCUCAACUCGAAGGAAUGCUCGCAGAAAAGUCUAGAAUCAUCCAAGAGCUCGAAGACAGGCUGGAUCGACAAAAAGAUUACGAGGACAUCAAGAACGAAUUGAGAAACCUCAAGAUGCUGGAGGACAGCGACAACCCCAGUGACGACCAAGAUGAGAAGCCCACUUUAGUGUCGCCCAGCAACAACAACAACAACAAUUGUGUCGAUCUCGUGUUGUACGGCAAGAACCGGACGAGACUUUCGCCGCCUCUAGCAAAAGACGACGCAGGUUCCCCUCGCAGUCGACUGCAAAACGUCGAAGCGUUCGGUUCGCUUCUCGGCGAGGAGAUCGUCUCGUCCUUCUCGCGGAUGCUGAAGAGCGAGCAGCCGCAGCAGCCGAUCGUCUCGAGCCCGCCGGCGACUCCAAAGUCCGUGGACGCCGACGCCAUGUCCACGGGAACCGACACUUCGACGGGCAGCGGCCGCGGCGGGGCGGACGAGGCGGCCGGAGCGACGCCGCCGACACCGGACCCGGUGAUUGGAGCGUCUCUCGAGCGCCUGCAGGAGUGCCUGCGCCAGAACAUGGAGCGGCACGCGUGCGAGGCGCUCAACACGCAGAAUGUGGCACGCGCGGUGCGCGAGUUGCUGAGCGCACACAACGUGGGCCAGCGUCUGUUCGCGCGCUUCGUGCUCGGCCUGUCGCAGGGCACAGUGAGCGAGCUGCUCUCCAAGCCCAAGCCCUGGGACAAGCUUACCGAGAAGGGCCGCGACUCGUACCGCAAGAUGCACGCAUGGGCCUCGGACGACUUCUGUGUCUUCAUGCUCAAGUCACUCGUUCCUAAGAAAGGCAAGGAGUCUGGCGGCUCCAGCGCUUCGAGCCGCCAGGAGGACGCGGCCGCCGAGGAACGCAUCGCGCAGAUCCUCAGCGAAGCCCAGCAAGCCAUGACGAUUCCGAUGAGCAAGGAGCGCAGCCCGGCGCCGCCGUCGUCUGGAGCGCAGAACGGCGCGGCCGACGACUCCCACGCUGACAGCGACCAGGACGGCGACGCCAACAACGCAAACAACACGCAGUCUUCAGCGUCACACAGGGAUGCCAAGCGGUCCAGCAGAAAGUACGAGAACGACGACAUACCGCAGGAGAUGGUUGCGCGCAUCUACCAGGAGGAGUUGGCCAAGCUGAUGGGCCAGCGAGUGGAGGAAAGCUUCCGGCAGCAGCAGUACGACCGCACGCACGAGGAGAUCCGUCAGGCGCUGUCUAUCUACCACCACGAGUUGUCGCGGCUCUCGCAGCUCGCGCUAACGCCGGGCCACGAGUUCGCGCGCUUCGGCGCGGCUGCUCUGCCCGGAGCGUUGCUUAAUGGCGCCUUCCCGGGCCUGUCGCUGGGACCCGAGCUGAGGGGCGGUCACGGUGCGGCAGCUGCUGCUUCGGCCGCGGCGGCGGCUGCGGCUGCGGCUAGGGUCGCGGCCGCCGAUUCCGCCGAAGCCAUGCGUGCGGCGCACGAACAGCAACAGCAGCAGCAACAGCAACAACCUCCGGCUUCGCAGCACCAGCGUCGAGGUGGAUCUUCCCUUGCUGCGCAGUUGGCGCCGAGGGACUGGCACAAGCAGCGCGGCGGCAACAAAUACAGUAGCGCAUUCUCGCUGGUGCGGCCGGGCGUCAAGUUCCCGGGCUCCGGUUCGACCCCGAGUCCUCCGGGCGCCGCUGGCGUCCUGGGCCUGUCGGACACGCCUCCGGGCGGCGCGGCGCCCGAAGACCUCGGGUCUUCGCCGUUGCAGCGCAUGCAGUCCAUCACCAACUCGCUGCUGACGCAGACGGCGACGCCGACCAUGCCUACGACAAAUCAGCGCCAGAACAAGGCCGUCCUACCGCCCAUUACGCAGCAGCAGUUCGACCAGUACAACAACCUCAACACCGAGGAGAUAGUCAAGAAGGUGAAGGAGCAGCUGAGCCAGUACUCAAUCAGCCAGCGUCUGUUCGGCGAGAACGUACUGGGCCUGUCCCAGGGCUCGGUGUCCGACCUGCUGGCGCGGCCCAAGCCGUGGCAUAUGCUGACGCAGAAAGGCCGCGAGCCCUUCAUCCGCAUGAAGAUCUUCCUCGAGGACGAGAAUGCCGUACACAAGCUGGUCGCCUCGCAAUACAAGAUCGCCCCCGAGAAGCUCAUGCGCACCUCGGGAUUCACCGCCGCCUCCAGCCCGCUCGCUGGUUCGAGCAAGCUUCCCGCAUCCAGUGCAGCGGCGGCCAGGGCUGCUGCCGCGCGUGACCUGCCAUCGCAUCGCAACAGCCACUGUGACAGCGCGUCUCCGCUGCUCGGCAAGGGGCCCUUCAGCGCCUCGCCCGAGCUGCAGGUGGCGCUCAUGCAACAGCACCACCAACAGCAACAGCAGCAGCAGCAGCAGCAGCAACAGCAGCAACAACAGCAGCAGGACUCCCGCGUGGCGAUGUACGCGCCACCUUCGAGUCCUACGGCGGCUGCACGCAAGGGCCACUCUCACCACCCGAGCGGCGGCGGCCGAUCUCUGCCGUACGUGCAGCCCUCGGUUUACGAGAUGGCGGCACUCACCACCGACCUGGACACGCAGACCAUCACGGCCAAGAUUAAGGAGACGCUUAUGGCGCACAACAUUGGCCAGAAGAUCUUCGGCGAGGCCGUGCUUGGGCUGUCUCAGGGCUCUGUGAGUGAACUGUUGUCCAAGCCCAAGCCAUGGCACAUGCUGAGCAUUAAGGGCAGGGAGCCUUUCAUCCGCAUGCAGCUCUGGCUGAACGACCCGCACAACGUCGAGAAGCUGCAAGUUAUCAAGAAUGAGCGCAGAGAAGCGAACAAGCGGCGCCGGACGCACGUGGACCUGGAGGCUGCUCCGCGUCCCAUGGAGGCGCAGCCCCCUUCGCUACCGGCCCUGACGGCCGGCGCUGGGAGCUUCCCAUUCGCAGCGCCGUCGUCCCCUUUCCCAGCGGCCAAGAAGCCGCGCGUGCUCUUUUCGGACGAGCAGAAGGAAGCGCUGCGGCUUGCCUUCUCCAUGGACCCGUACCCGAGCACGGCCACCAUCGAGUUCCUCGCAAACGAGCUGGGACUCUCUGUACGCACCAUCACCAACUGGUUUCACAACCACCGCAUGCGGCUCAAGCAGCACGUCGUCUCUCCUGGUCCCGACGAUAACCAGUCGCCGAGAAGCGAGCCGCCGACGCUUCUCGGCCCGCCACCCGGUUCGCGCGAGGGCUCCGCCUCUUUCGACCCGGCUCUGUUCCGAGGCCUCCUCGUUCAGCGGCUCGCCGAAAUGCACGGAAGUGGCGGGGACAAGAGCGGGCCCAGCGCUUUCGGCGCGGGCGCCGGCGGCGCUCUCAGCCUCAACGCCUACAACAGCUACUCCCCGUCGUCGCAGCAGGGCAACGACGAAGGCACGCUGGACCUGAGCAUGUCGUCGAGCCAGGCGUCUUCUGGUCGUAGAACGUGGGCACGCGGUGGCGGAACGCCCACCGAAGACCUGGAUGACUCAAACUUGUCCCAAGAAGAACAUACGGCCGCGGGCAGUGACCGCGACUCGCUGAAGGAAGAGAGCAUCUCGACGCCUUCACCAGCGCCGCCACGGAACGCUGGCGUUGGCGCUCUCGGUCAGCACAACAGUUACAGCAGUCGACGACGGAAACCGGCGGCGCCCAAGUGGGUGGACCCCGGCCUGUCGCCGGACUCGGACGACGCCGAGGACGACGAGGCGAGUGCCAACGUGGACGACGACUGCGGUGCGGCGGGAGGCGAUGGGGAAAGCGCCAUCAUCAACGGCGUGUGCGUCCGCCAGACGGCCGCCGCUGGUGAUUUCGGGCUGAGACUUCGCGAGACGGUGCGGGUGGACCCCGUAGCGGCCGCCGACGAAGCCCGCAAGAGCGCCGAGAGGGACGAGUUGGAAGAGGACGACGACGACGAAGAGGAGGAGACGGCGCUCGAGCUGUGCACAACCGCCAAGAAAUCCAGCAGCGGCGACGGAAUUCGAAAACUAGAACAGAGGCUGGACAACCGCGGCGAGGAACGCGGCGAGGACUGGGAGUUCUAGAAUAUUACAUACCGUGCACGCAGCUGCCCACGUCUAGUACUAGCCCAUUCGAAGCCUCCGCCCGAGUUGCGUCGACAGCAGCGAUCCAACUCGGCCACCAGCUCCGUUGCUGGCUCUUCACAUACAGCCCGUCCCUGCAUCCCAAUGUUAGGUUUACCGCCUGAGGUGUGAGACCGGCGCAAGGAUUCCUUCAACCAGGCGAAGCCCUACAAUUCGGUGAUUACUGUGGCUGGCAAAGGGGCCACAACUUUUUUUCUCUAAGUAGAACAUCGCCUUGAACAAGGUUGGCAGCAGUGAAAGUACUCGUAGAACUAUGGCCGCAAGGCAGUGGUUGGUUUGGCCGCUAUUCUGCGAGGACACGCGCUCUGUGAACUCAUUGUGGCCAACGUAACGCGCCAGUUUGACUGUCGCGCGCCGUUUUCGCCCCACUCGGAGCCAGCGCUUCAUCUUCGAGCCCGGUGCAAUGUGGCCUUAGCUCUCACACUCGUCUUGUUUGUGUUGUUGUUCUUUCAAGCAUUGACGUAUUUGACUAGACGCGCACGAGCCGAACUCUGAACGACCAGACUGUUACGUCACACUGUGCUCUGAGUGCAGCGAACCUCUCUGUAUGCCCCGCGCAGGACUGUGGUCUAGAACCGUUCGUUGUUUUUACGUUUGUACGUUUUUAAGACGCGUUGUGAUGUUUCAUUUCUUUAUGGUUUGUGGCGAUUGCACUGUUGCCGCGUCAGCCUUACAAAUCUCGUUGACGUGGUUUUUCAAGCCGCAGCAAGCUAAUCUUUGCGGCAUGAGCCCAGCGUUUUCUAUUAAUACAGAGGCAUUUGCGUAUGCUGGGACGCACACGCGUGAGCAUCGGCUGCUAGCUCGCCAGUGUAUUUUAUCGUGAGUGCUACAGAUAAUGUCAUCGACAUUUUUGCCUCUCGCGAGCACUUGUUAGAUAACUUGGCUGACCAAAGGUCUCGUACAUCCCACCAAUCGUAGCCGCCGUUUCAUCUUCGCCCAUGCAGCCCGGCGGUAGAUCGCAACACGUCACCACUAAUUGUGCAAUGGAAACUGCGUGUAACUUGGUGCUUUUCAUGUAUAGAUAUCGGAAUAAGUGGUGUCGACCCAGAUUUUCUAGCCGAGAAGCGUAGCAUCAGUACUACCAGCGUCAACUGCAAUGCUUUGGGUAUAUCCGAGUGGAAAGUGCGAGAAAAAGAUACCUUAGCGGUUUUCGUGGCGUUAUUGGCUCGUAACUCGCGUCUGCAUUAGACGCUAUUCUGCCAAAUCUUGCAUUCGUCGUCGUUGCCAGUAGUUGCGAGGUAGACAGUCAUCUGGAGAACGCAGUAUCUCUUUCCUCUGCAAGCAAACCACUGUCUAGACUGACGAAGGCGAGGGUCCAAUAUCGACGCCACGGUGAAACCGCAGUGAGUCGGCAGGAGACGACUCACACACGAAGCCAAAGACGUGCACAGAAGCUUUAGCGGCGGCCCUUAUCAAACACGGGAACCGACCAUGUCCCUUCUUUGCAGAGAUUUCGUAACACAAGAGCUGGCGUAUCUUGUCCCGGAGCUAGUGGUAUUUAUGCGCACUCGUUUUAUAUAUUUCUUUUUAUUUUUCUUGGACUCAGUCAAGCCUUUGUUACCGCCUAGUCCCCUAUGAUUUGUGCUAUGUCCGCUGUCGGUACGUGCUAGUCCCAUUCUUCGCCUAACAAGCAGCCGUUCAAAGCCUUCCAUAGAAGAAAAAAAAUAAUAAAGGAUCUUUUCUCGCCUCUGUCAUCGCCACGCGGCGCGCUGAAACUAGUGUGCAUUCUAUAGACCAGAAUUUUCAUCGCUUGCAGGGGGCAGCCAUCUUUGGCGGGGGGCUGCUGGUCAGGCGGAUCGGACCACCGCGAUAGCAUCCGGCUUGUCCUUAUCGCAUGUUGGCCGCCAGUGUUCGCUCUCCAUCAGUUGUGACGUAACCAAUCCCGCAGCCCCUACGUUGGCCGUGCCGACGGGUGGUAACUGGAGGCAAGAUUAUGUAUGCUUACUCCAAACGUGCGUGCGAGACUAGAAAUAAUCUGGUCUAUACAGAUGCACUCAUUGCAAUGGAAUGACGAGGAACCACUUGUUUAGCCCUGUCUUACUGCUCUAUUUUCAGUCGAGUCCGCGUUUCAUAGGUCACGCUAGGAACUGGCAUCUUGCCGUAACGCCAACGUAGGCACAGUCGAUGUAGUUGAAAUACGGCAUGUAGGUGCACGUCCAAAUGUGCAGCCCGUUCGAUUUCGCCCUUUGUUACCUAACGUAACUUCGAACAGUUUUAUCCGCGAUCUUAGAUUAAUCGGACAUAAAAAAAAGAUAUACGCGCUUUACACGCGCAGCAAUACCGCACGGGCUACCAGUAAUCCAACAGCGUCCGCUGCAUGGAGACCGAAAAAGCUGCGCGAAACUGCAUCGAGAGGCGGACGUGUUUUGAAGAGCUAAUAUUCUGCUGCAAGCUGAUAGGGACGUAGGCACCGACCCCAGAAGCGAUGUGAUGGUACAGGUAUUGUUGCUUUCGAGCUCAUUUGUGAUGUCAGCGUUUUUUUUUUCUUUCGAUAUGUGAUAACAGCUUUGCGUGUGUGAAAUGAUGCGAUGCGCAUCGUGCCAGCGUUGCGCGGGCCGCACGAGCCCCAGCAAGCUGGAGAAUAGCACCCCGGUGACUCUGUAGAUACAUAGUGCAUGGCGCGUUUGUGUAGCAAUGUUAGAUCUUGUUUUUCGCGUCUGCUUUCUUGGCUGAUGAGCUACUCGCCCCCGAAACCUACGACCGGUCUUUUAAAAACAGUUAAACUCAGCUUCAUUGCGCGUGUACUUGCUUGUGUAGGCAGGAUUGUCGGCAUCUGAUUCUUGGUCAUUUCUGUCCUUUUCUUCUUUGUGCCAGUGAACAUAACGAACAAUGCGUGUACUUAGACUGUCGUGAGCGUUCGAAUUGUCCUAUUUUUCCUUCCCCGAAUGUCGACGAGCUCAAAAAGAAAGGCCGAGGUCUCGAGAAUGCGCGUGAAUACGUUAGUUACUGCUUGGUCGCCGAGUGGUAAUCUGCAUAAUGGGCAUCGAAUCGAAAUCCCAAGCCAAAUGGCUUUACUGUUACGCCCAUAGAUUAGAAGAAACAAGAAAUGUCGUAUCCGAUGUAGCCGUGUAAACCUCGUUCCGAUUCAUUUCACUCUCGAAAUGGAGCCGGGCUCAUUUCUCUCACGCUGCAGCUAGUUAUCGGCCCCCUAGGGGUGCACUCGUUUGCUCAGCUAACCUUCGUGCUCGACAAGUGCCAACUGGUGUGGUUAAAAUUUUAAAAAGAGCGAACCGUGAACCUUAUUCGAACCUACCACACGGCUGCUACAAGCAACAAAUAAAAAGGGGAGGGACCUACGCGGCUCUUUGGGUGCACAGUAAUAUCCGGGGACGAGUGUCAUCUUCCUCCUCCAGUAGGCCUAUCAGCUGCAUUUGGGACAGCUUCCGUACGACGCCUCGCCGGCGUCAAAGCGUCGUACACAUGUAUUCUCGGCCGACAUUGUUUCUCCCUUUAACACACUCGACAGUGCAUUCAAUGCACCGUCGAGUUGCACACUGGCGCGAGUGCGCGUGCGCCGGCAGGUGUCCGUUCACUGUCAACCUGAUCCGGCGCUCAAUGCGACGCGAGCGCCCUCUCGAGCACACCAUCCUUUCCAUUUUCCCCUCGACUUUUUGGAGUAUGACUCCACCUGUGUACAGACCUGUGUAUCGAACACCUGACUUUGUUUGCGUGUGUGUGUGUGUGUGUGUGCGCGCGCGUGUGCCUGUGUGACGUGGCUGUUGUACUCUCUUCUGAGUGUUCUUGUCUCGGACAGUGCGAAGUUGAUUCUGUUUUGUUUUCCCUUGUUCAUUUCCACACGUGCAAGGAUCGACAAAUGUUACAUAUAUAAAUAUAUAAUAUACAUAACUAUAAAUAUAUAUAUAUAUACAUAAAUGUAAGCGAUGACAAGAGGCAUGUGUAAAUACUAUACAUAAGUAUACCUUCAAGCAAGCUCUGUAUAGCAUACGAACCUUAAGAUUAAAAGCAGCUGUGAGUGCACUGACACUGGCGUAGUGUGUUCACCUCACUUUAACGACCUUGUGCUGUUUCGGGCUGUGGUAGAAAGGGGACGAGCAACACAGUUACAUUGUCAAAAGCCAUAGUUGAACGUUCCCCGUUCCAGGUCAUUUCCCCACCCUCGCGUUUUUUUAUUAUUAUUAAUUUUUGGAGCUCUGUUCAACUUAUUCUGGUGCUAAAACGAAAAAAAAAAACGCAAUUAUUUGGAUGCGACAGCAUUUCGAACAUGCAGUGUUGUUGCUUUCUUUUUUCAUAUAAAAAGGAGAGAGAACUCUUUUUUUUUUUUUUUGUAAGCUCGCAAUAUUACUUGUCUUUAGAUAUACAUAUUUUUUUUUUGUCCGGAUCCCGCGACUUUCACACUCGACAUUGUACAUAUAAUCCCGGUACUCACGUGGGGUAUAUAGAUCACGCGUACAUAUACACAUACUGCGUACAUAUAGCGUAGGUGUGGGAUUUGUUUCUUUCGCCGAUCCCACUUCAACCUUUGAGCGCUAUCCUUUUACGGAUUCCCUGUUUUUAGCUACGCCUAUUGCGUACGUGUCACACAAGUUGCCCAAUAAAAAAAAAGAACGAAAAGACACGAAUUAAACUUUUGGGGGCGUUCGUGCUCCGUCGCGUAAGCUAGCGAGCACAGCUGUCUCAUCAUCGCGUACACAUUUAUACGGGCGCACGCAGCGCGUUAUCUCCAUUAUCUCCUCUUAUCACUGACGUAUAGCGAGAAAGAGAUCAUAGAAACAGCGGCAUCUCCCUUUGUUUUCUUGUAAAAGACUAGGCGAGUAGACGAAACGUUCCCUCCUCCGACGUCACAUUCCUUUACCGUAUUGCUGUCUUGGCCUUUUCGACAAUUUCUAAGGCACGGCAUAGCUUUUGCUAGCUCUCGAUGAGAAAAAUGACAGUUGACGUAGUACAUUAAUUCAUUCCCGCUGGAAGCUUUACCAGCGGUCCGGUUUUAUCUGCAGCGGUUAAGUUCAAUGUCCGACUUAACGACGUCAGGCGCUUCUGAUGCUAAGGUUCGUGCUCUCGUUAGAAAGUCCUUUUCUAGAAACUCCUUCGUCGGUCAACUGAGUUGGCUCCGUCUGUAGCUCAGUCGCCUCCUGUUGAGACGCGAGUUUUUUUUUUUGUUUUUUUUUUCAGUUGUUGAUUUAUGGCAGCUAAAAUGGUGAUCGGAUAACGAGUGCUUGUUUUCUCUUCGUUCAGGAGCUCAAAAAGAAAAGAAAAAAUGCAAUAAUCGGACGCUCUGCUGUCGAAACUUCGUGAUUUUCUCGAAACGCUGAAGGACUUUUGCUUCUCUAUUGACUUCUCAUGUCUGGUCUAUUUAAAGCACCUAAUCUUUUUUUUAUUCGUAUGGAAUAUGUGAUACAUCAACUGCCACUUGGGUGUACAUUAUACAUAUACAUACAAAUAUAAAUAUAUACAUAUAAGGAUAUAAAUAUAUAUAAAUAUACAUACAUUAUGUAACUCAUUGCUUGUUGCCUUCCAUGAAUAUGUACACAGUCAUGCGAAAUCCAUCGACCGUGUGAAUUAAGCGAGCGUCGACAUGGAACCGGGUCUGGGCUCUUGUACUUGCGUCGCCUGGGACUCCGUAUAUCGCAGCAGCAAGGAAAGAAAAAAAAACCAAAAGGCUUUGCUUUUUUUCCCUUCGCUCCGAUGUUUCUUGCCUCUUCUAUAUGGUGCGCUUGUGUUGUGUGUACUUUUUAAGGUUUGCAAGAGGUGCUGCCUCGAAAGAAAAAAAAAACAUUACGGCAGAGAUGUAUGCCUUCCCCUGUGAUGCCACUCGCGUUCACCGUGGUGCGCUGUCUCUCGAUACAAACACGGAGACAUCUUGCCCACACCUUCUCCCAUCCCUUACAACUUCGUGCAAUGUAAUUUAUAAACCAUCAUCUUCCCGCGUCGGUAUCCUUUUUUUUUUCAUUCACCACUCGCUCACUCGCGUUGUUCAAAGAACCAAAGGACUCCUUGUGUACCAUUUUGCUGUCGAGUGUUUUCUUUUUUUUUUCAGUCGCGAUGAGAGAGCGUUUCCUCGCAGUGCAUUUUUUUCUUUGAUUCAUUUGCCACCGUUAACUUACCUGUUACGAGGGCGAUGACAGCUUGACAUUUUUUUUGUUUCGCUCUCUCAUGUGUGCGUGUGUAUGUGUGUGCCCAUGUUAUUAUUGUCAGUUGUCAGUGGCUGAUACCCGUUCGGUGCACCUUGACGCUUUCGCUCUCUCCCCGACCCAGCCGACAUCAGCCCGUAUGCACGCACUUGUCUUUCUUUCUUUUUUUUCGUCUCUAAAAGCAGCAGCGGAUGCGAGAGCUGUGUAUGUUUGAUAUUAAGAAUCCAUAUUACUAUUUUUAUUCUACUUUCAAAUAAUAAUAAAGUUGAUCUUUGCCCGUGUCUCUCAG